CGUAAAAGAAAACUGUAAUAAGAGCUUCUUCUUUCUUUUAUCUUUCGCUCACACAGACAGCGAGAGAUUCUUCUUCUACUCUACAGCGAACGAAAAGCGUAUUCCUUGUGAGCAGCUCUCUCCUCUCCGAGUUUUUAAGUUUCCUGCGACGCGACGCGACGGCCAGAGCUACACCUGCAUCGGAAUUGAAGAGAUCGAAAGUGGGAGGGAGGAGAGACGGAGAGGGAUGACAUCAGAUGGCGCGACGUCGACGUCAGCUCCUCGGCGGAAGCCGUCGUGGAGGGAGAGGGAGAACAAUAGGAGGAGGGAGAGGAGGAGGAGAGCUAUAGCUGCCAAGAUAUACGCCGGGCUCAGGGCACAGGGGAAUUACAAUUUGCCCAAACACUGCGACAAUAAUGAAGUCCUCAAGGCUCUCUGCACGGAGGCUGGUUGGAUCGUUGAAGAAGAUGGGAACACCUAUCGGAAGGGAUGCAAGCCACCUCCAAGUGAUAUGGCAGGAACUUCCACCAGUGUUAACCUAUUCUCUUCCCAAAAUCCAAGUCCGCUAUCUUCAGCUUUCCCCAGCCCAAUUCCAUCCUAUCAAGUCAGUCCUUCCUCCUCUUCCUUCCCUAGCCCGUCAAGGCUUGAUGCCAACAACCCAUCUAGCCUCUUCCCGUUGCUUCGUAAUGCCAUUCCCGCAUCUCUACCUCCUCUCAGAAUUUCAAACAGUGCUCCUGUAACACCACCGCUGUCUUCCCCAACCUCAAGAAAUCCAAAGCCAAUACCCAAUUGGGAGUCCAUCGCCAAAGAAUCCAUGGCAACCUUCAAUUACCCACUCUAUGCUGUGUCUGCCCCUGCUAGCCCAACUCACCGCCAAUUCCAUGCCCCUGCAACUAUACCUGAGUGUGAUGAGUCUGAUACUUCCACUGUUGAAUCUGGCCAAUGGAUAAGCUUUCAAAAGUUUGCGACGUCUUCAUCUGCAGUUCCAACGUCUCCAACAUUUAAUCUUGUGAAACGAGUGGCUCCAGUAGUUUCACCUAAUGAUGCAAUGAAAGAGAAUGGACGAAGUGCAGAGUUUCAGUUUGAAAAUAUGCAGGUAAAGCCAUGGGAAGGAGAGAGGAUUCAUGAGGUGGGAAUGGAUGAUCUAGAGCUCACACUUGGAAGUGGGAAGGCUCGGUGUUAAGCUUUGGAGGCUUCAGCAAAUACCAUGUAAGUGCGAGAAAAAGCUGUUUUGCUUGUUUGUGGCUCUCGUAGCCACAUAUUGAGGAGGGUUUUCGGUCUGUAGUUUCAUCCAUCCACUGGUAAUUGGACGUCUCAAACAAAUCCGGGAGGAGUUACAUUUUUAAGUGCAAUGCUUUUUCUUCUUGGAAAAUUUCCCUUUUUUAGUAAUUUUAGAGCACAUUGCCUCCUUAAAUUGUUGAGUUAAUGGGAUGUGCUUUUACAAGCAUUACAUGUAGAUACAGUGGAAUGCUUCUUGUGGUAAGAGGUGUUUUAUCUUCUCUGUAGGCUUUAGUUAAAACCUCACAAAAUUAAAUUAUUUGCAGUUGUUUGUAUCAUUCAUGGAUGUAUCUUGUCAGAAAGCAAAAUCUUCUCUUCUGUCUCAGCAUUAAGUUUUCGUUGAA